AUGGAGGUGACGCCGCCUCCAAGAAAGAAAGCAACCAGACGCCAGCAAGAGGUGGAUGCAGCGGAGUCAUUGCUUUCAAAAAGCAGGGAUAUGCCGCCGACUCCUGUCAAAUCGAGGAGGGUUCUUGAGCAAACACCACCACCAGCAAAGAAGAUCCAGCGCCAGAAAGAGGUAGAUGCAGUGGAGUCGUUGCUUUCGAAGAGCAGGGACGUGACACCCACACCGGCCCAGUCCAGGAGGGCGCUUGAGCAAACACCACCGCCAAAAAAGAAGACCCAGCGCCAGCAAGAGGUAGAUGCAGUGGAGUCGUUGCUUUCGAAGAGCAGGGACGUGACACCCACACCGGCCCAGUCCAGGAGGGCGCUUCAGCAAACACCACCGCCAAAAAAGAAGACCCAGCGCCAGCAAGAAAUGGACGCCGUGGAGUCGUUGCUUUCGAAGAGCAGGGACAUGACACCUCCACCAGUCAAAUCGAGGAGAGUGCUCGACAAAGCCCCACCGUCAACAAAGAAGACCUCACCCCCAUCCGAGGUAUCCGGCAAAGACAAGCUGGAGAGUUCUCCGCUCCAGGAUGAGAAGGUGGUAACCAACGCGGCCCAGCAUGCAAAGCUAGAUGAUGAGAGGCGCAGCUUGUUGGGCAAGCUGUUCCAAGGCAUCGAGAGCGUCUUGCAAUUGAGGGCCUCCAGGUACAGGCACACUCCGGUUGACACUCUCCGCGAGUGCGUGGAGGCCUGUACCGGCCGAGAUCUCACCAUGGAUCGUUUGCAGCAGGUCCUCGCGCUGGCGGAGGGCAUGUUGGAGGCUGUGUGGAUCGGCAGUGACAAGCCCUACCUGGCGGUGGAGCAACGGGCGGGGGGGAAGCUUGCGCGGCCACAGGGCGCCGAGGUGGCGGAGAGAAGCGCCAAGUUCCGGGUGGCGAUGGAAGCCACGGCGGUGCCUCGCAAGGAGCUGCCUGCAUGUCCCGUGCUUCGGGCGCCAGAGGCGAUGGAGCCAAAACCGGAAGCUCCCGUGGACCCGCAGGCCGGCGAGGCGGUCGCGGCGAAGGUGGCGGAGCUGGCCAAGCUGCCGGCCUUGAAGUGCACUGGCAGCACCCAGCAGAGGAUGAUGGCCCUGCGAGCGCGGGUCGCAGCCAAGAAGGCCAUUGUGGACACCGAGGCCUCGCACGAGGCGGAGUUUGUGAAUUUGCAGAGUCGCGUCAGUUCCUGUGAGGAUGCCCUGGCGGCCCGCGCAGUUCUGGUUCGCUUGUUUGCUUACUCCGGUGAGGGGAAGGAGGCCACGGUGAAUGAGAAGAAGAUCCUCUCCGCGCUCUGCUCCUGCAGCUUCAACGAGCAAUGCACGCGCCUGGUGAGCGUGGAGGCGGGCAAGAGCGCCUUGGCUCGGCUGAAGGAGCUGGGCGACGGGGUCUGGUUCUCGGUGGUCCAGGCCAAGCACUCGGACGACACCUUCUGGCGCUUGAUUCUGGGAGGUGACCAGGACGCUGUGCGCACCGCCUUGAUGGCAGAGAUGCAAAAACUGCAGGAGGAGAAGCGGAAGUUGGUAUCCAUGGGCUGGUGCCAAGCCGCAAUGAGGCGUCCGUGGCCCCUUGAAGCCAUGAGUUAG